AUGGCUUCCAACCCGUCUGCCCGCCGGACCAUCCCGAAAGGCACCAACAGACCGCUAAUACUUCUUACUAGGCUCUCUCUUCGUCGAUCGAUCUUCCGUAACCUCAAGCCAGGUGCUAUCUACGCAGCUCCACCGGUUCUACAACAACAGCGAGCUCGAGCCUUCCAAGCUGUUGCCACACUUGCCGACAAUGCCGUGAUUGCACCCCGCGCUCCAUCCCCACCACUCUCCAGAAUUCUUCCGACAGCAGCGACUCAGACCAGAAUGUACUCGAGCCUUCCCGAACAGUCUCCAGACCACAGGGACUUCCAGGGUAACCCUUUACCACCAACGAAGAGGAUCUACGUUGGAAACAUCUCAUAUGGUAUCAGAGGCGAGGAUUUGGAGCGAGAAUUCGGCGAGUUCGGAAAGGUUGUUAGUGCAAAGGUUGUUUAUGAUCCCCGUGGGCUUUCCAAGGGAUUCGGAUAUGUCGAGUAUGAAGAACAGGAUGCUGCUACCGCUGCUGUCCAGAAGAUGCACGGACUUAUCGUUGACGGUCGACGCAUAAACGUUCAAUAUGUUCUCCGCCCAGACCGUGAGGGUCCCACCAAUGGCGAGAGCAACGCUCCAUCCAGAACUCUCUUCAUCGGAAACCUUUCUUUCGAUAUCACUGACAAGGACUUGAACGAGCUCUUCGCUGGUGUUCGCAAUUGCACCGACGUCAGAGUUGCUAUUGACAGGAGAACUGGCCAACCCAGAGGAUUCGCCCAUGCCGACUUUGUUGAUAUUGCCAGCGCUGAGGCUGCCAAGGGUCAGUUGGAGACCAAGUCUAUCUACGGCCGUCAGAUCAGGAUAGAUUUCACCAAGACCAGCCCACAGAGAAUGCCACUCGGCUCCACCGGUCGAUCUUUCAUCAACCCCGACAAGGAAUAA